CUUUGCCAUUUAGCUAGUAACAAACAACAUGCAUUAAACAUUUGAUAUCUAUAAGUCGGCCGUAUAAAACACAAAGGUCUUUCUUUCCUUUUAGCUCACAUUUGACCAAAACUCCUCCAAUCCAGACAUCAUCGUUGACUUUUUCAAACUUGUGUUCCUCCUCUCUCUUUCCUUUCUUCAAACAUCUCAUAUAACACAACACCAAGAAACAGAACAAGAGUUCCUCUGUUCCUAUCUUCAAUUUUCGCUGUGAAUCAAUCAAUGGACAGUAAACACCAAACUUCAACUUCAAAACCAAAGAACAAGAACAAGCUCUUGAAGAUGCUUCCCAAAGCUAUGUCCUUCGGACAUCGCGUCCCACCGUUUAGUCCCGGAAGAGAUCUCCACCACCACCACAACAACACGACGUCGUCUUCUUCCAACAAAGCGUAUUUCUCAGGUCCUAUGGUCCCUUUGGUUCCCAAAGCAGCUCGCGUCCGGAGAAACAAAAGCGACGCCGUUUGGAGCGAACCCACUUCGCCUAAAGUCUCCUGCAUCGGACAGAUCAAGCGCGUCAAGUCAAAACGCUCCUCCUCCCCUAAGAAAAACAUGAUUCCCAAGAUCCCCAAAACGUCGUCGUCUUCUUUAGCCAAAGGAGAUGAAAAAGGCCGUGUUUCGAUGAUCAAGCGUCUCUUCUCGUUCUCCUCGGCGGCUGGAAGUGGAAACUCAUCAAGAAAAUCACGUCCCGCCGCGGCCACUGAACAUCCGGUCACGGUGGUUUCAUCCGCGGCGGUGCCGUCGUUAGGUCAGAUGAAGAAGUUUGCGAGCAGCCGUGAAGGUUUAGGAGGGUUUGAUUGGGCGGUUGAGAUGAAACGGGAGGAAGAAUCUCCGGCUGAUCGUGGCUACUAUUCCGAUGACGAGAGGAGAGGUGAUUACUUGAGAGACGAUGAUGAUGAAGAAGACGACAUAAUAAUACCGUUCUCAGCUCCGUUGAUGAGUUUGAAACCGAAGACAGAAGUUAACUUGUGGAAGAGAAGAACCAUGGAUCCACCUAAACCACUUCAUCUUCAGACCUAAUGAUUAAAAACUCUUUUAAAUUUUUUCAUCUUUUUCUUUCGUUAUAUAUAUAAGUUACUGCAAAUCAAAUCAUAUAACGAUCAUCAUACACUGUGAAUCUGAUGAUUAUCAUUUUUCUUCUUUAGUUUAAGCUAUGUGUGAAUACCUGUUUGGGUUCAGUUUUGAUAUAUGCCACAAGUGAAAUCUCUAUCUCA